CGUGUAGGGAGAUUGUUGCAGUCAGAAGAUCUUUCGUUCUGGACUAAUUCACGGUCCCGUCUGCUUCAUUGUUGUAUUCCUCGGGCACCGCUCGCCGAAAAUGGAUGCAUUGAAAGCUGAAAUCGCAAACAAGCGCAAGGCGCUCGAAGAUCCCGCCUUGGCCGCUCGUCCAAACAAGUAUGUGCGGCGCGGUGAGCUUGAACGGCUCAGGGAAGAGAAGGAGAGACAAGAGCGUGAAGAGAAGGAACGACAGAAAGCUUUGAAAGCGGAGGAGGAGAGAAAGGCUGCCGAGGCUAGGGCGGCAGCUCGCGCAAGAAGUACCACCCCGUCACGCUCUCGCUCGCGGACUCCCGGGGCACCCCAGUCGCCAGCCCCCGCUGACCCGAACGCCGAACCUGGCUCAAGCUUCAACAUAUCCAAUGAAGAAACAAUCCGCCGUUUGCGCAGCAAGGGCCAACCCAUUCGCUUAUUUGGCGAGUCUGACAAGGAGCGCCGCCUGCGUCUCCGUGCGCUAGAGCUCAUCGAGGAGAAAGACCACCCGCGCAUCGGUGGCCAGAACGACUUCAAGAAGGCCCUGGAAGACGUGGAGCUUAAGGCGCGCGAGAAGUCCGCGGCCGGGGAUAAGGAGAAGGAGAGUAAAUGGAAGGGCGAAGACUAUGGUGGCGUGCUGGACCUGGAACUGGUCAAGACGGACCCCGACAAGCUGUACCCCAUCAUCUACUAUGCCAUAAAGCGGACGUUAAAGGAGUGGGAGCAGGCGUUAGAAGAGAGGGAGGAGCAUGUGAAGCGAAGUACGCAGGGAAAGCUGGCUGCUGCUACGCAAAAGCAAGCUGCGGAUUAUUUGAAGCCGCUAUUGAAGCUGCUAAGAGCCAGAAAUUUGCCCUCGGACGUGUUAGCAAGAAUAGCGGAGAUUGUCCACUACAUGCAAAAGCGACAAUAUCAACGCGCCAACGACGCAUACCUUCGGUUAUCCAUUGGAAACGCUCCGUGGCCAAUCGGUGUUACUAUGGUUGGUAUUCACGAGCGUUCAGCUCGAGAGAAGAUUUCGUCAGACCAAGUUGCUCACGUCUUGAACGAUGAAGUGAGCCGUAAGUAUAUCCAGAGUCUCAAGAGACUGCUCACAUUCGCGCAAACUAAAUACCCACCCGACGAUGCGACCCAGCGGAUGGGUUAGCUAGCUGUACGCGGCCCUUCUGUAUAUUGCACGCUUGUAUACCAUGCUGUCCGAUGGUCGCCCGGUUUCGGAGCACUCUUCUCCUAAUCUCAUGCUUCCGUGAUUUGUGUCUAACAUCCCCUUUUAGUCUAUUAUGCCACCGUGCGGAAGCCACAACAGGUCAAGAGCGGGAUGCUGUAUAGGUCUUGAUAACCGAUACCAUCACGACAGCUUACCUGUCGUUAUCGUUUCCCUUUCUUUCCUUUCUUCCCUGUGCUGGCACCAGCUGGUUUGCCUGUCCCCGGACUGGCUAGUGCAUGUCCAGUAUCUCUAAUGUGGUUGAACAGCUUGGUCUUGCUCUCGAAUUUCUCUUUGCACACGUUGCAUGUUUGCGUAUUCGUGGAUCCCUCUUUCGAUUUUUGGGCCUUCGCCGCUUCCCUUGCGCGCCUUUUCUCCCUUUUGGAAAGUUCGGGCUUCGGUUCUGCAUCUCCUGAUGUGGUCGGCGAUUCGGUCGUGAGACCUGGAUCUUUAGCGUCGUCGCGCUUGAUCUCUUGUUGAUGGAGUCCGACCUUCGCGGCAGGGUCCUGCGAGUCAACGAGCCCGAUCCCAGAUUCAGCAGAUAAGGUUCCAUUGUCAAUAGUGACGGGGUCAAGCUUUACGUCGUUGGCCUGUGGAUCACCUUCCGCAGGGGUACUAGCCGAGUCGUCAGACGCACUAUCCGGCUCAACUUCACUGGCAUCCCGGCUGGGCGGACGCGACGGAGGCUCCUCUGGUUCUGAUAGAUCCGCGUCUCCAGUCAAACCAAGCUCCUCAUCGUCCUCUGCCAUUUCUCUCUUUAGCCUUUCUACCUCCUUCAGAUGCUUCUUGCUCCUCUCGUGGCUAUUCCAAGCAGCUUCACUUCGGAAGCUCUUGCCGCAGGCGACGCAUUCCCACUGCUCCUCAUCUUC